AUGGAUCCUUCUACCCAUAAGCGCUAUCAUGUACACGGCUUUGAUUCCAGGCAACAUUUGGAACAUUACCUGUCAGAUAAAUCUGAAAUGGCCUUUGCAGAAGACAUCUUGAUAUUUCCCAUUGAACAACUUGCAAGAACUUUUACACAGGGUCAUAUUAAAGGAGAUGUCCUCAUUGAUAUCAGUGUUGGUUCCUUGGUUCAUCACCUCUAUGCCGCCUGUGAGUUUUUCAAUCACAUCAUAGUCCUGAAGGCCAGUGAUGGAUGCAUCAUGGAGCUGAAGAGAUGGCUGGACUCACGGACAGGAGCAUUCGAUUGGGGACAUGCCACAAAACUUUAUGGAGAGAUACAAGGGAACAGUGACCAAUUACAGGAAAAAGAAGGAAAGCUGAGAUCAGCAAUUCCACAUGUUAUGAAAUGUGACCUCGACAAAGAAAAUAUGACGGAUCCGAUAGACUUACCACCAGCAGAUUGUAUCAUCAGUAUUUGGCUCCUUGAUAAUAUCAGCAAAGAUCAAAAUGAUUAUAUCAAUUGUCUCAGAAAAUUCUCAAGGAUGCUAAAACCUGGAGGACACCUCAUAUUACUUGGUGGUUUAGAUAUGACAUAUUACAUUGUCGGGAAAGACAGGCUCCAUGUUUUCACAUAUGAUGAGGAUUUUGCCAGGAAAGCUCUAGUUGGAGAAGGUUUUGUUAUAGACAUAUGUGAAGUUAAGAAGAGAACGGCUGUGAGUGACCUUAUUGACUAUAAGGCCAUGAUAUUCAUUGCAGCUCACAAGGAGAAGUAGGUCUAAUGUAGGGCCUAUGCCCACCACUAUAAA